AUGGCAUUACUGGACGAACAAGUAAAAUCCGAGCUCACCAAAAUGCAAGCCUUCAUUGAGAAGGAAGCAAAGGAGAAAGCAAAGGAGAUUAGGUUGAAGGCAGACGAGGAAUAUGAAAUUGAGAAAGCAUCCACCGUGAGGUUGGAAACGUCCGCCAUUGAUGCCACUUAUGAACAAAAAUUAAAAAAAGCAAGCUUGGCUCAGCAAAUCACCAAGUCAACAAUUGGAAACAAAACUAGAUUGAAGAUUCUUGGAGAGAAAGACCAGUUUUUGAAUCAGAUAUUUGACGACGCUGAAAAAGAGUUACACAAUAUCACUAAAGACAAAGCCAAGUAUAAGCCUGUGUUGGUUGGUUUGAUUGAAGAAGGGAUCUUGACGUUAUUGGAGAAUAAAGUAAGUAUUAAAGUGAGAGAAGUUGAUGUCGAUCUUGCGAAAGAGGCAGCAAAGGAAGCGUCCAAGAACUAUGAAGAAAAGACUAAACAAAAAGUCGAUGUAACUGUUGAUGAAAAGGAUUUCUUGAGCAAAGAUAUUGCUGGCGGGGUAAUCAUCGUGAAUGGUACCGGAAAAAUUGAGGUUGUAAACACUUUGGAAGAGAGAUUGAAAAUAUUGCAAGAAGAAGCAUUGCCUGCCAUUAGACUAGCAUUAUUUGGUCCUUCACCAACAAGAAAGUUUUUCGAUUAA